CUGGACUCAGCAGUCAAAAAGUCAGCCCCUAAAUUGGAGUGGGACCCACAGCCAUUCCUCUUUUCCCCACAGAACCUCCACGACUACAGCCCCAAGCCUCCAACGCCCAAAAACCCCACCAAGUCCCUAGAAUUCACGGGUACUUUGUCUCCCUACAAUUCGAUCUCUUCCUCCUCGAUCGCUCAAUGCUGAUGUGGUCAGAUAAAUUCAGAAUGGGCAUUUAUUUAUGGAUAUGAUUUGUCCAGUACUUGUAGAUCACUGCAUUUGAAAUUGUUUCUUGAGUGAGCUGAACUAGUUUUAUAGGAAGAAAGUAUUUGUUGAUAUGAGCCUGUUCCCUUGGGCCUGAGUAAUGGCGGGAGGUGCAAGAUUUGAGAUGAGUUCAGCCAGUCCAGAGGACUUGGCCUUCGCUGGGGGCCAUCCAAAUCGGCUGAGGGGAAAUUACCCUGGUUCCAGUUUCGAUAGGUCUGGAAGCUUCCGUGAGGGUGGUGAGAGUCAGAUGCUUAGUUCUGGUGCUAGUACUCCAAGGGGCAAUGGUACUUCGGCAGGAAAUUUGCCUCCACUACCUCAGUGUUUACUGUUAGAUCCUAUUACAAUGGGAGAUCAGAAGUUUACUCCCUUAGGUGAGCUAAGGAGGGUUCUGGGAAUGCCUUUUGGGGGCAGUGUAGAAGACAAUCCAUGUGAAGCAGCUAAUUUGAAGCCCCACACUCCAGUGGCUACAGAGGACCUAAAAUGGUUCAAAGACGGGGUGCUAGUGGCCUCAAACAAGGCCAGGGUUAGAGCGAAAAGGUUGGAUGAAUCCAUAGACAAAUUGAACAGGUAUUGUGAAGCUUUAAACUUAAAGAAGCAGCAAAGGAGUGAGUUUAUAACAAAUGAAAGAUCAGGUGGGUCAAACUUGCUGAAGGUGGGAGCUUCGAGAAACUCUUCAGAUCCUAUGAAUCAAAGGCUGGAGGUCAGGAAUAAGUCUGUUGUGAUGAAUAGGCGAGUUCGCUCAUCGGUCACAGAAAUAAGGGCUGAAAGCAAAAAUAAUGUGCUGACAAGGCAGCCUGUGGUCAUGGGAAAAGAUAGGGAUAUGCUUAGAGGUGGAGGCUCUGAUCUCAUUGAGGAAAAGAUUCGCAGACUACCUGCUGGAGGGGAAGUAUGGGAUAAGAAAAUGAAAAAGAAGCGUUCUGUAGGCACAGUAUUUAGCAGGUCCAUGGAUGGUGAUGCAGAGCUAAAGCGAACCUUGCAUCAUAAACCUAAUGAGGAGCCUUGCCCCCAAGCCUGUGAUGCCCAAAGUUUCAGAUCAGGGUCAUUUACUGGUGGUAAUGGCAUUAAUAAGUUAGAUUCUAAUUCCUUGCCUUCCAAUGCAAAUGGUCGUAUUAUGCUCAAGAAUGAGUUGGACAAGGUCUCUCUUACAAGGGAUUUAACGUCUGGGUUGACUAAGGAGCGACUUGUACCAAAGGGAAACAAUAAAUUAAACGUUCGCGAUGAUAGUCAAACACUCAAUCCUGAUCCAGUGACAAAAGGAAAGGCUUCAAGGGCGCCAAGAAAUGGCCCUGUAACUGCAUGCACCUCAUCUCCUGGUCGUCCUCGCACAUCUGGAACACCUGAGGGAUGGGAACAACCUCCAAGUAUAACAAAAAAUCAUUCGGUGAGUGGGGCUACCAAUCGCAAACGUCCUAUGCCUACAGGAUCAACCUCUUCCCCCAUGGCUCAAUGGGUUGGUCAAAGACCACAGAAAAUGUCUCGAACCAGAAGAUCAAAUCUAGUGUCGCCUGUGUCAAACCAUGAAGUGCAGAUGCCCUCAGAAAGCUGUUCCCCUUCUGAUGUGGGUGGUAGAUUAAAUUCUUUUGGGACCAAUGGGCUGCUUCAGAAGAGUGUUGCGAUUGGUGCCAAGCAGAUUAAAAUUAAACAGGAAAUAGUUUCAUCUCCUGCCAGAUUAUCUGAAAGUGAAGAAUCUGGUGCUGGUGAAAAUCGUGAAAGUAGAUUGAAAGAGAAAGGACCAGGUUGCAGUGAAGUAGAUGAGAAGGCUGUGAAUGAUGUUCAGAAUACUGGUUCUUCAAUAAUGCCUACAAAGAAGAAUAAAUUGCUCAAUAAAGAGGAAACUGGAGUUGGUGUUCGGAGACAGGGAAGGAGUGGAAGGGGAUCAUCAGUUUGUAGGGCUACAACUGUAACUACAAGGGAAAAAUUGGAGAAUCCAGCCUCGGCAAAGCCAUUCAAAAGUAUGAGGCCUGGUUCCGAUAAAAAUGGAAGUAAGGCAGGGCGUCCUCCUCUGAAGAAAUUGUCAGAUAGGAAGGCGUUUGCUUUUCCGGGCCAUAUAUCUACCAACGGUUCCCCUGAUUGUGCAGGUGAGCCAGAUGAUGACCAUGAAGAACUUCUGGAAGCUGCAAAUUUUGCCUGUAAUGCCAACAUUGUUUUUGCAGAUUUGGCCUGUUCUAGUUCAUUUUGGACGAAAAUGGAACCAAUUUUUGGUCCUGUCAGUUUAGAGGUGGUAUCCUACUUCAAGGAGCAGCUCAUAUCUGUGGAGGAGAAUGAUGAAUGCCUGUCUCUGAUGUUAGGCAAUGCCAAUAAUGUUUCGGGUGAUAUUGUGCAUGAAGAGAACUUUUUGUCCAAGACUCUUAUUUCUGGACCUUACAAGUGCAACGUGCAAGACCAAAUUCAAAAAGGAGGUGUAUCUUGUGGACAAUUAGACUCAGAAGGAAUGAAGAAAGUGCCUCCUUUACCAGAGAGUAUUAUCGGCUCUAAUCAUGGAAGAUGACAUAGAAGAAUUUGAAAAAGACAUUCACUGGAGAACUAUGUCUUUACAAUAUAAUGGGGACAAUUCUCCUGGUGUUACAUGUGCCUCUAUUACUGUUGAGCCAAGGAACAGGAUCGGGAUCCAGUUUGCAAAUAAUACAGAUUUGGGUUUGCAGACUCUCAAGCAAUGUUCCAUUGACAGUUACCCUUACAAUGGGGAUAGUGGCUUCAUGAAUGCCACAGGAAUCUGUAAUCAAUUAUACAGUAAUGAUUAUUCAAAAGUAGAUUUUGGAGUAUUGCGUUCAGAGAGUGGGAUGUUCCCUGUG